GUUACGGUUCGUGUUUGAGAGCCCUUCGUGGCGCCUUCUGCCGCGACCUGCGUGCGCCUCAGGACUCCCGCGGCGGUUCGGCCAGCGCGCGUCCGCGUCACGUGGGCCCAGGCUCCCCAGUCGACUCCCGCUGGUGACUGUGGCGGGAGGAAGGGGGCUCGCCGGGCCUGUGCGCCCCAAGACCGGCGCGCGAUUAAAAAUGGCGAAAUGGGGGUAGCCGGCCUCGAACUUGAAGCGAUGGGGUGCGCAGGCGGGACCGUUGUUGGAGCCCCCUGACGUGGGCUCCGGGCUGUUCUCUGCGAGUUGACCUGGCGACCUCGGGCCGUCACUUAAUAGGACCGACCACGGACUCCGCGGGUCGUCGCGGGCUCCGCCGGGAGCCGGAGGCAAUGGACGAACAGAGUGUGGAGAGCAUUGCUGAGGUUUUUCGAUGUUUCAUUUGCAUGGAGAAAUUGCGGGAUGCUCGCCUGUGUCCUCAUUGCUCCAAGCUUUGUUGCUUCAGCUGUAUUAGGCGCUGGCUGACAGAGCAGAGAGCUCAAUGUCCUCAUUGCCGUGCUCCACUUCAGCUCCGAGAACUAGUAAAUUGUCGUUGGGCAGAAGAAGUAACACAACAGCUUGAUACUCUACAACUCUGCAGCCUCACCAAACAUGAAGAAAAUGAAAAGGACAAAUGUGAAAAUCAUCAUGAAAAACUUAGUGUAUUUUGCUGGACUUGUAAGAAGUGUAUCUGCCAUCAAUGUGCACUUUGGGGAGGAAUGCAUGGUGGACAUACCUUUAAACCCUUGGCAGAGAUUUAUGAACAGCAUGUCACUAAAGUGAAUGAGGAGGUAGCCAAGCUUCGUCGACGUCUCAUGGAACUGAUCAGCUUGGUUCAAGAAGUGGAAAGAAAUGUAGAAGCUGUAAGAAAUGCAAAAGAUGAACGUGUUCGGGAAAUUAGAAAUGCAGUAGAGAUGAUGAUUGCACGGUUAGAUACACAGCUGAAAAAUAAGCUUAUUACACUGAUGGGUCAGAAGACAUCUCUAACCCAAGAAACAGAGCUAUUGGAAUCCUUACUUCAGGAGGUGGAACACCAGUUGCGGUCUUGUAGUAAAAGUGAACUGAUAUCUAAGAGCUCAGAGAUCCUAAUGAUGUUUCAGCAAGUUCAUCGAAAACCCAUGGCAUCUUUUGUUACCACUCCUGUUCCUCCAGAUUUUACCAGUGAAUUAGUACCAUCUUAUGAUUCAGCUACUUUUGUCCUAGAGAAUUUCAGCACUUUGCGCCAGAGAGCAGAUCCUGUGUACAGCCCACCUCUACAAGUUUCAGGCCUUUGCUGGAGAUUAAAAGUUUACCCAGACGGAAAUGGAGUUGUUCGUGGUUACUAUUUAUCUGUGUUCCUAGAACUCUCAGCUGGCUUGCCUGAAACUUCCAAAUAUGAAUAUCGUGUAGAGAUGGUUCAUCAGUCCUGCAAUGAUCCUACCAAAAAUAUCAUUAGAGAAUUUGCAUCUGACUUUGAAGUUGGAGAGUGUUGGGGCUAUAAUAGAUUUUUCCGUUUGGAUUUGCUGGCAAAUGAAGGAUACUUGAAUCGACAAAACGAUACAGUGAUUUUGAGGUUUCAAGUACGCUCACCAACUUUUUUUCAAAAAUGCCGGGACCAGCAUUGGUAUAUUACUCAGUUGGAAGCUGCACAGGCUAGCUAUAUCCAACAAAUAAACAAUCUUAAGGAGAGACUUACCAUUGAGCUGUCUCGAACUCAGAAAUCAAGAGAUUUGUCACCACCAGAUAAUCAUCUUAGUCCUCAAAAUGAUGACACUCAGGAGACAAGAACUAAGAAGUCUGGGUCAUGUUCUGACAUGCUUCUUGAAGAAGGUCCUACUACAGCUUCUGUAAGGGAAGCCAAAGAGGAUGAAGAUGAAGAGAAGAUUCAGAAUGAGGAUUAUCAUCAUGAACUUUCAGAUGGAGAUCUGGAUCUGGAUCUUGUUGGUGAAGAUGAAGUAAAUCAUCUCGAUGGAAGCAGUUCCUCUGCUAGUUCCACAGCAACAAGUAACACAGAGGAAAAUGACAUUGAUGAAGAAACAAUGUCUGGAGAAAAUGAUGUCGAAUACAGCAACAUGGAAUUGGAAGAGGGAGAACUUAUGGAGGAUGCAGCUGCUCCUGAACCUCCAGGUAGUACCCAUGGCUAUGUGGGUGCCAGUAGCAGAAUGUCAAGAAGAGCACAUUUAUGCUCUGCUGCUACCGGUAGUUUAUUAGACAUUGAUCCUUUAAUCUUAAUACAUUUAUUGGACCUUAAGGACCGGAGCAGUAUGGAAAACUUGUGGGGCUUACAGCCUCGCCCACCUGCUUCACUUUUGCAGCCCACAGCAUCAUUUUCUCGGAAAGACAAAGACCAAAGGAAGCAGCAGGCAAUGUGGCGAGUGCCCUCUGACUUAAAGAUGCUAAAAAGACUCAAAACUCAAAUGGCUGAAGUUAGAUGUAUGAAAACAGAUGUAAAGAAUACACUUUCAGAAAUAAAAACCAGCAACAUUGCUUCUGGAGAUAUGCAGAUGAACCUUUUUUCUGCUGACCAGACAGCUCUUGCUGCAUGUGGAGCUGAAAGCUCUGGCAGACUGCAAGAUUUGGGAAUGGAGCUCUUGGCAAAGUCAUCAGUUGCCAGUUGUUACAUGCGAACCCCCACACAUAAAAAGAAUAAUUCACCCAAGCCAGCUCGGUGCAGCAUAGCAGAUAGUCUAUCACUUCGAAGAACAGUAGACUCUGGAGAAAAUGGUCGUUCAAAAGGAGACUGUCAGACCUCAUCUGAAGGCUCUACCAGCAGCUCUCAGUCUGGGAACAGGCACAAUUCUCCCCGAGCCUUGACACAUGGCAUUAUGGACAUUCUGCCCAAAACUGAAGAUCGUCAGUGUAAAGCUUUGGACUCAAAUGCUGUGGUGGUUGCAGUUUUCAAUGGUUUGCCUGCUGUUGAGAAAAGAAGGAAAAUGGUCACCUUGGGGGCUAAUUCUAAAAGUGGUCGUCUGGAAGGAAUGCAGAGGAAUGCAGACUUGGAAAAUAAUUCUGAAACUGGGGAGUUACAACCUAUACUACCUGAAGGAGCUUCAGCAGCCCCUGAAGAAGGAAUCAGUAGCGACAGUGACAUUGAAUGUGACACUGAAAAUGAGGAGCAAGAGGAGCACCCCAACAUGGCUGGGUUUAAUGACCCUUUCAUGGCACAGCCCCCAGAUGAAGAUACACAUUCCAGUUUUCCUGAUGGAGAACAAAUAGACCCUGAAACUCUCCACUUCAACACUGAUGAAAACAGUGGAAGGUAAUUGCAGAUCAAGAGAACCGAGUUACAAGCUGCUUUAACCCUGAACUUUGUGAGUUUGUGCUCGGUGUCAUCAUCAGACAGAUAUCAGAUAUAAUCUCAGUUUUUCAUCAUCUCUACCUAAAAUAGUAAUUCAGAAACUUAGAAACAAGCACAGUUAUAUAUGACAGCAGAACAUGGGGGAAAUUAAUCGGAUGAGAAGAGUUUUAAUAUCAAAUAGCACUAUAAUCCUCGAAUAAUUUAGCAAAUUAGUACAAUAACAAGCCUGUAACAGAAGGCCAGUUAAGUGCCAGCAAAUGUAGAAACAUGCAUGUUCCCCAUCACUUGUCAUUGGUACUCUUCCCGCUGUGGCUAGAUACUCAGUUGUACAUGACCACCUUUCUGUUUUGGUUAAGUGUGUAGCUAGUGAACAGAAAGAUUACUUAAGAAUAGAUUCUGUCCUUUAGACACUUGAUGUGAAUAAUUGAGGCACUAUAGACUGCAUCUCCUCUUGGAGUGUUGACAGAGUAAAAUUUCUUGGUGCACUUGUUCAAGUUCAGGCACACUAAUGUGGUCUUUCUGUAUGAGACUUGCAUAUGUAACGUAAAUUACAUUUGGAUUAAUUUAAUUAAUUAGUGGGAGUUGUUCUAUUCCUGGCCAUGUGGACACAUUAAGAACAUUUUAAAGGGUGUUCAUUUUUUGUCUCUUACAAUCCAUCUAUAAUUCAAUAGAUACUUUAACAUUUAUGUUUUCAGUCUCAGUACAUUUAAAGAUUCAUGCAUAUUACAUGAAUAUGCAAGCAUAACUGUAUAUAAGGGUUUCAUGAAUAUGCAAGUACACUGUAUACAAGGGUUUCUUUCAUACUCAUAAUGAAUCCCAAACUUAAAAUAAUUGCCAAACUUUGCUAUUGUGCUCCUGCAUUUGUGUUUGAGCUGCUAUAUAUUUGUGAAAAUGACACUAAACAUUGGCCAAGAGACUAUUGGAAAAGCAUGAAUAAACUGUGUAUGUGGGAGAGAUA